GCACGAUGAUAAAUACCCCACCAGAGAAAGCAAAUUAAAAGGCCUAUCUUCUUCGAUAUCCCGUAGCUAUAGAGCUUCAUACGCAAACAAAGCAAUGGCUAUCUCAAAAGCUUUUCCAUUGCUUCUGGUCUUGUUGCUAGUCCUCAACUCAACAUUCUCCUUUUGUCAUGCCGUUAAGCAAUGCCCUCCUCCCAGAAAACAAUCAUCCAUGAAAUGUCCAAGAGACACGGUCAAGUUUGGAGUCUGUGGCAGCUGGUUAGGUCUAGUUCAUGAGGUCAUCGGUACACCACCGAGCCAGGAGUGUUGCUCACUUGUCAAAGGUUUGGCUGAUCUUGAAGCUGCCCUUUGUCUUUGCACCGCCCUUAAAACCAGCCUACUCGGAGUCGCUCCGGUUAAACUUCCUGUUGCUCUCACUUUGCUUCUCAACUCUUGUGGCAAGACUCUUCCUCAGGGAUUUGUCUGUUGAUCUUGAACCAAUUGUUAUCUUGUAAACGAAUUGUUUCUUUUUUUCUUUUAUUGUAUUUCAUAUUCCUAUUUUUAUGCAACAUCUAUAUUUUUAUAUAAAAGUCUUUUUAUAUAAAAAUUUCUUCUUGAAUU